CAUUCUGCACUCGUAGUCGCCGUCGUCGGGGCCCCGUCGUCAGUCUAGAGAGUAAUAUCGACACGAAAAGUAAGUUCGCCGUGGUUCUGCUGGUCGUACUGGGCCCACAGCAUCGAGUAUAGAAUCUAUAUGUGUGUUCGGGCCAGGGUAACUGGUGGAAAACGUGGAAAAACCAUCCAGUGGUCGACAUUUUCACGCGCCCACCGUCAGCACGUGGCGGAGUUUGGCUCCAGGGCGGCAAAAUCAAGCUGUGUCGCGGAUUGCAUAAGAUUUGCAAUUAUAAUUCCGACGAUUCGAAUAAGAAAUAAAUCGACUCGAGAUAUCAAGGGGAAUCCCAAACAAUUUAAAAACCAAACACGCGGUGAAUUGAAUAUUUUUGGAGGCGCGCUGCGGUCGUUGCGUUAACCAAACGAAAUGGCUGAGGCGGAGGGAGGCUCCGAGCAGGAUGAUGUUUCAUUCCUGAGAACGGAGGACAUGGUCACGCUCUCCUGUACAGCAACGGGAGAGCGUGUCUGCUUGGCCGCCGAAGGAUUUGGUAACCGGCACUGUUUCCUGGAGAACAUUGCCGACAAGAAUGUGCCGCCGGAUCUGUCGCAGUGCGUCUUCGUCAUCGAGCAGGCGUUGUCCGUGCGAGCCCUGCAGGAGCUGGUGACAGCGGCAGGAUCCGAGACUGGCAAGGGAACUGGAUCCGGACACAGGACAUUGCUCUACGGCAAUGCCAUUCUGCUCCGUCAUCACAAUAGUGACAUGUACUUGGCCUGUCUGUCCACCUCGUCGUCGAAUGACAAGCUAUCCUUCGAUGUGGGUCUGCAGGAGCACAGCCAGGGAGAGGCCUGCUGGUGGACAGUUCAUCCGGCGAGCAAGCAGCGUUCCGAGGGUGAGAAGGUGCGCGUCGGUGACGACCUGAUCCUGGUGUCCGUGGCCACGGAGCGGUAUCUGCACACCACCAAGGAGAACGAGCAGUCGAUUGUGAAUGCCAGCUUCCAUGUGACCCACUGGUCAGUGCAGCCCUAUGGAACGGGAAUUUCGCGGAUGAAGUACGUCGGUUAUGUUUUUGGUGGCGAUGUGCUGCGCUUCUUUCACGGUGGUGACGAGUGCCUAACCAUACCCAGCACCUGGGGCCGUGAGGCUGGUCAAAAUAUUGUAGUUUACGAGGGCGGCGUGGUCAUGGCCCAGGCACGUUCCCUGUGGCGUCUGGAGUUGGCUAGGACCAAGUGGACGGGUGGCUUCAUCAACUGGUACCAUCCGAUGCGAAUUCGCCACAUAACCACUGGACGCUAUUUGGGCGUCAACGAUAGCAACGAACUGAUUCUGGUGAAGAAGGAGGAGGCUUCGAUCGCCACGACGACUUUCUGCCUGCGGCAGGAAAAGGACGACGAGAAGAAGGUGCUCGAGGACAAGGAUCUGGAAGUGAUCGGCUCGCCGAUUAUCAAGUACGGCGACACCACCGUCAUCGUCCAGCACUGCGAGACGAGCCUCUGGCUCAGUUACAAGAGCUACGAGACCAAGAAGAAGGGCGUGGGCAAAGUGGAGGAGAAGCAGGCCAUCCUCCACGAGGAGGGCAAGAUGGACGAUUGCCUCGACUUUUCGCGCUCCCAGGAAGAGGAAUCGAAGACGGCCCGUGUCAUUCGCAAGUGCAGCAGUCUUUUUACCCAGUUUAUUACGGCAUUGGAGACUCUUCAGUCCAAUCGCCGACACUCCAUUUUCUUCCAGAAGGUCAACCUCAACGAAAUGGUCAUGUGCCUAGAGGACUUGAUCAACUACUUCUCGCAACCCGAAGACGAUAUGGAACACGAGGAGAAGCAGAACCGCUUCAGAGCUCUGCGAAAUCGCCAAGAUCUGUUCCAGGAGGAGGGAGUUCUCAACCUCAUCCUGGAGGCUAUUGACAAGAUCAAUAUAAUUACAUCUCAGGGCUUCCUGGCCAGCUUCCUGGCCGGAGACGAGACUGGCCAAAGCUGGGACCUCAUCUCCACCUACCUGUACCAACUACUGGCCGCCAUCAUCAAGGGAAACCACACGAACUGCGCCCAGUUCGCCAACAGCAAUCGCCUGAACUGGCUUUUUUCGCGUCUGGGAUCUCAGGCCUCCAGUGAGGGCUCCGGCAUGUUGGACGUACUCCACUGUGUGCUGAUUGACUCUCCAGAGGCCCUGAACAUGAUGAGGGAUGAGCACAUCAAAGUGAUUAUCUCGCUGCUGGAGAAGCACGGCCGCGAUCCAAAAGUCCUGGACGUUCUCUGUUCCCUGUGCGUGGGUAACGGAGUGGCAGUGCGAUCCUCGCAGAACAACAUCUGCGACUUCUUGCUGCCGGGCAAGAACCUGCUGCUGCAGACCCUUUUAGUGGACCAUGUGGCCAGUAUCCGGCCAAACAUAUUUGUGGGCCGCGUAGACGGCUCAUCCAUGUACCAGAAGUGGUACUUUGAAGUGACCAUGGACCACAUCGAGCAGACAACGCACAUGAUGCCCCACCUACGCAUUGGUUGGGCCAACACCUCCGGCUAUGUCCCGUAUCCGGGAGGAGGCAAGAAGUGGGGUGGUAACGGCGUGGGAGAUGACCUCUACUCCUUUGGCUUCGACGGCGCCUACUUGUGGACCGGCGGCCGCAAGACCCUCGUGGUGGAUGCCUUGCCCGAGGAGCCCUUCAUCCGCAAGGGCGAUGUCAUUGGCGUGGCCAUCGAUCUCUCCGUACCCAUCAUCACAUUCACCUUCAAUGGUGGAAAGGUGCGUGGCAGCUUCCGGGACUUCAACCUAGAUGGGAUGUUCUUCCCCGUAAUGAGUUGUUCCUCGAAACUGAGUUGCCGUUUCCUGUUUGGCGGAGAUCAUGGACGCCUGAAGUUUGCUCCUCCCAUGGGAUUCUCGGCUCUGGUGCAGUGCCUCAUGCCCCACCAGAUCCUCAGUCUGGAUCCGUGUUUCUACUUUGGUAAUCUCAGCAAGAACGUUCUGGCCGGACCGUGGCUCAUCGAGGACGACACUGCCUUUGUGCCCAAGCCCGUGGACACGACGGGCGUUUCUCUGCCCAGCUCUGUGGACCAAAUCAAAGAGAAGCUGGCGGAGAACAUCCACGAGAUGUGGGCUCUGAACAAGAUCGAGGCUGGGUGGUCGUGGGGCGAGCACCGCGACGACUACCACCGCAUCCAUCCAUGCCUAACCCAGUUUGAGAAGCUGCCGGCGGCUGAGAAACGCUAUGACAAUCAAUUGGCUGUGCAGACGCUUAAGACAAUCAUUUCCCUGGGCUACUACAUAACCAUGGACAAGCCGCCAGCCCGCAUUCGUCCAGUGCGCCUACCCAACGAGAUCUUCAUGCAGGGCAACGGCUACAAGCCGGCUCCCUUGGACCUCAGCGCCGUUACCCUCACCCCCAAGCUAGAGGAGCUGGUGGACCAGCUGGCGGAGAACACGCACAACCUGUGGGCCCGCGAAAGGAUUCAACAAGGCUGGACUUAUGGCCUGAAUGAGGACAGCGACAAUCACCGCAGUCCACAUCUGGUUCCCUACGCAAAGGUGGACGAGGCCAUCAAGAAGGCCAACAGGGACACGGCAUCGGAGACAGUGCGCACUUUACUCGUUUAUGGAUAUGUUCUGGAUCCUCCCACUGGAGAGGGCACCGAAGCCCUUCUGGCAGAGGCACAGCGCCUGAAGUUCGCCGCUUUCCGGACCUAUAGGGUUGAAAAGAACUACGCCGUCACCUCGGGCAAGUGGUACUUUGAGUUCGAAGUCCUUACCGCCGGACCCAUGCGAGUGGGCUGGGCCCGGGCCGAUUGCUAUCCGGGCGCCAUGUUGGGUAGUGAGGACACCAGCUGGGCCUUCGACGGACACAAUGUAACCAAAAUGCACGCCGGAUCCAUUGAGCACUUCGGAGUGCGGUAUGAGGCUGGCGAUGUCAUUGGUUGUUUCAUCGAUGUCAAGGAGCAAACGAUCAGCUUCUCACUAAACGGAGAACUCCUCAUGGACGCUCUGGGCGGCGAGACAACCUUCGCCGAUGUCACCGCCGAGGGGGUGGGCUUUGUGCCCGCCUGCACCUUGGGCGUGGGCCAGAAGGCGCGCCUCAUCUACGGCCAGGACGUGGACUCCCUCAAGUUCUUCACCACCUGUGGCUUGCAAGAAGGAUACGAGCCGUUCUGCGUGAACAUGCGACGACCAGUUACUCACUGGUACACCAAGGAUCAACCCAUUUUCGAGAAUACCGAAGAGAUGCCCGACUGCCGCAUUGACGUGACCCGUAUUCCCGGUGGCGCAGACACCCCACCGCAUUUGAAAAUCUCCCACAACACCUUCGAGACCAUGGAGAAGGCCAAUUGGGAGUUCCUGCGUCUGUCCCUACCCGUCACCUGCAUGAGCGAGUUCAUCAACGAACAGGAGAAGGCUCGCCGCUGGGACGAGAUUAAGAAUAGGCAGUACCGCCUGAUGCGAGAAGCUGAAGCUGCUGCCCAGAUGCAGGUGCAGACCCAGGCCGCCCACAUGGACCACAUGCUCAAGGGAGGCUUCAACAUGAACGACAUAAAGGGUCUAACCCGCAAUUUCGACGAGCAUGCCGAUGCCGAGGCGGAUCACAUGAUGCGUGGACCUUCGAGGCCGCCACGUAAGGGAUCCCUCACCCGUAACAUCACGUUUGAAACUGACAUGUCCGCUGCCCUGGACGAGAUGCAUCGCUCCUCCUCCGUGCUCGACAUGAACGGUUUGGGCGACGAAAUGGACGACAAGAAGAAGCGAGGCCGUAGUCCCUUCAAGUUCUUCUCGAAGAAGUCGCGUGACCAGAGCCGCGAAAAGAUGGGCCGUUCCCAGGACACUUCCUUGGAACGCCGAAACACUGUGGCCCACGGACGUAAUGUCGUCAACCAGCAGAUGACCACUCGAGCUCCUACUUUGAGGUUAAAUAAUGCGGAUAUCCCACCCAGCCCAGUGCCUCAAGGACCCAAACAGUUGAGUGGGUCCACUCUGGGCCAACCCCCAGUGGAAUCCUCUGGAGAGGAGAUGUUCGACGCCGAGUGCCUGAAACUGAUCAACGAGUACUUCUACGGAGUCCGCAUCUUCCCCGGCCAGGAUCCAACCCACGUGUACGUCGGCUGGGUAACCACCCAGUAUCACCUGCACAGCAAGGAGUUCAACAAGAACAAGGUGCGCCGCGGAUCCGUUUACAUCGAAAACGAUUACGAGAUGGCCAUCGAGCGAAUCGACCGCCAGAGUUGCUACGUUGUGAGAGCCGACGAGCUCUUCAACGAGGUGACCCAGGACGCCUCCGGCAAGGGGGCUUCUCAGGGCAUGUUUGUGGGCUGCUUUGUGGACACCGCUACAGGUAUCAUCAGGUUCACCUGCGAGGGCAAGGACACGUCCCACCGCUGGAUGAUGGAGCCGGACACCAAGCUGUUCCCAGCCAUUUUCGUGGAAGCCACCAGCAAGGAGAUCCUGCAGAUUGAGCUGGGCCGCACACCCACCACUCUUCCCCUGUCGGCGGCGGUGCUGCCCACCAGCGACAAGCACAUCAGCCCCCAGUCGCCACCGCGUCUCAAGGUCCAGUGCCUGCGUCCAAACCAGUGGGCUCGAGUCCCCAACACCGCUCUCCAGGUGCACGCCCUGAAGCUGUCUGACAUCCGCGGCUGGUCCAUGUUGUGCGAGGAUCCGGUUUCCAUGCUGGCCCUGCACAUACCUGAGGAGGAUCGCUGCAUCGAUAUUCUGGAACUGAUUGAGAUGGACAAGCUGUUGUCCUUCCACGCCCACUCCCUCACAUUGUAUGCUGCCCUCUGCUACCAGUCCAACUACAGGGCAGCCCACGCCCUGUGCCAGCACGUGGACCAGAAGCAGCUGCUCUACGCCAUCCGGUCGGAGUACAUGAGUGGCCCACUGCGCCAGGGCUUCUACGACCUGCUGAUCGCCCUCCAUCUGGAGUCGCAUGCCACCACAAUGGAGGUGUGCAAGAACGAGUACAUCACACCGCUGGGACCAGAGCUGAAGGAGCUCUACAGCGAGGACGAGAUGCAGCACUCGCUGCGUUCUCUGAUCACGGAGUCAGUGCGUCCGCAGCUACGGAUGACAGAGAUCACACCCCCUGUGAUUGCAACAUCUAGUCUACCAAGUGUUUCCAGCGAACCGAUCCCCAACAUCGACCAAUUGUACUCCCCGAAGUUCCCCCUAGAAGUAGUCAGGCAGUUCGUGAUGGAGGCUCUGAAGGAUGCUGUGGAGAUCAACCAGGUCCACAACCGGGACCCCAUUGGUUGGACCAAUGAGAAUCUAUUCUUACCACUCAUUAAACUCACAGACCGCCUGCUCCUGGUCGGCGUAUUGACCGACGAAGAUGUUCAGAGGUUGCUGGUGAUGAUUGACCCGGAAACCUGGGAUGCAGCCUUCGAGAGAGAGGGCAAGGAUGAACACCGUAAGGGACUGCUCACCAUGAAGAUGGCCGAGGGAGCCAAGCUCCAGAUGUGCUACCUGUUGCAUCAUCUAUACGACACCCAGUUGCGCCACCGCGUGGAGAGCAUCAUUGCGUUUUCGCACGACUUCGUGGGCGAUUUGCAGACCGAUCAGUUGCGACGUUAUAUCGAGAUCAAGCAAUCCGACCUGCCCAGUGCUGUUGCGGCCAAAAAGACUAAGGAGUUCCGCUGUCCGCCGCGAGAGCAGAUGAACCAGAUUCUCUGCUUCAAGAACCUCGAGGCCGAUGACCAGGACAACUGUACCUGUGGCCUUGAGUUGCGCGGUCGCCUGGGCGACUUCCACGACAGCCUGAUGCAGAAGGUGUCGCUCAAUGCCCUCCAGGAGCCGGACGGCGUUGAGGGCGCAGCGAUCGAAGAAAUCAAGACCGGACCGAUAACGAAAAUCUACAAUUUCAUUAACACCGUUAAGGAGCUGGAGGAGGGGCCCAAGGAAGUGGAGGAGCCGGAGAAGAAGACGCCCGAGGAGGUCUUCCGCAAAGUGCUGAUCAAGACCAUCGUCAGCUGGGCGGAGGAGUCCCAGAUCGAGAACCCCAAACUGGUGCGCGAAAUGUUUAGCCUGCUGCUCCGCCAGUACGAUACCGUGGGCGAACUGGUCCGUGCCCUGGAGAAGACCUAUGUGAUCAACAACCGAGCUCGCGAUGACGUGGCCGAAAUGUGGGUGGGUCUCAGCCAGAUCCGCGCCCUGUUGCCCGUCCAGAUGAGCCAGGAGGAGGAGGAGCUGAUGCGCAAGCGACUGUGGAAACUGGUGAACAAUGCCACCUUCUUCCAACAUCCUGACCUGAUUCGUAUCCUGCGCGUCCACGAGAACGUUAUGGCUGUGAUGAUGAACACCCUGGGUAGGCGGGCGCAGGCUCAGAGCGAUGCCCCCACCCAAACGGAGGUCGCCGAGGGAGCUCCUUCGAAGGAGAAGGAUACCUCCCAUGAAAUGGUUGUGGCCUGUUGCCGCUUCCUCUGCUACUUCUGCCGCACGGGCCGUCAAAACCAGAAGGCCAUGUUCGACCACUUCGACUUCCUGCUGGACAAUGCCAAUAUCCUGCUGGCUCGCCCCAGCCUGCGCGGAUCCACUCCCCUCGACGUGGCAUACUCAAGUCUGAUGGAGAACACAGAAUUGGCUCUGGCGCUGAGGGAGCACUACCUCGAGAAGAUCGCCGUCUAUCUGUCCAGAUGUGGCCUGCAGAGCAACUCGGAGCUCGUGGAGAAGGGCUACCCCGAUCUGGGCUGGGAUCCCGUGGAGGGUGAACGCUACCUGGACUUCUUGCGCUAUUGCGUUUGGGUCAACGGCGAGAGCGUCGAGGAGAAUGCGAACCUUGUCAUUCGACUUCUUAUCCGUCGUCCGGAAUGCUUGGGACCGGCUCUAAGAGGAGAAGGAGAAGGUCUGUUCCGCGCCAUCGUCGAAGCCAAUCGCAUGUCGGAGCGCAUCUCGGACCGCUGCAAGAUGCAGGACGAAGCCGAGGGCACCAUUGCCGGACUGAACUUCACGCACCCAUUGCCCGAGAGCGAUGAGGACGAGGACUACAUCGAUACCGGUGCCGCCAUCCUGAACUUCUACUGCACCCUGGUCGACCUGUUGGGCCGCUGUGCCCCGGAUGCCUCUGUCAUCGAGCAGGGCAAGAACGAGUCCCUGAGAGCUAGAGCUAUUCUGAGAUCUCUGGUGCCACUGGAGGAUCUGCAGGGCGUGUUGAGCUUGAAGUUCACCCUAUCGCAGACAGCUCCCGGCGAAGAGAAGCCCAAAUCGGACAUGCCAUCUGGCCUGCUCCCCAACAACAAGCAGAGCAUCGUGCUCUUCUUGGAGCGCGUGUACGGCAUCGAGACCCAGGAUCUAUUCUACCGUCUGCUGGAGGAUGCCUUCCUGCCGGAUCUGCGCACCGCCACCAUCCUGGACAAGAGCGACGGCUCGGAGAGUGACAUGGCUCUGGCCAUGAACCGCUACAUCGGCAACUCCAUCCUGCCACUACUGAUCAAGCACUCCAAGUUCUACAACGAGGCCGAAAACUACGCCAGUCUCUUGGACGCCACCCUGCACACGGUCUAUCGGCUGUCCAAGAACCGUAUGCUAACCAAGGGACAGCGUGAGGCCGUCUCCGAUUUCCUGGUGGCCCUCACGUCCCAAAUGCAACCUGCCAUGCUGCUCAAGCUCCUGCGCAAGUUGACUGUGGAUGUGUCCAAGCUAUCCGAGUACACCACCGUGGCACUCCGGCUUCUCACCCUGCACUUCGAUCGCUGCGCCAAGUACUAUGGCUCAACUCAAGGCCAGGGCUCCUAUGGAGCCUCAUCGGACGAGGAGAAGCGCCUGACGAUGCUGCUGUUCUCGAACAUUUUUGACUCGCUCAGCAAUAUGGACUAUGACCCGGAACUGUUCGGUAAAGCCCUGCCCUGCCUGAUCGCCAUCGGCUGUGCCCUGCCGCCCGACUACAGUCUGUCCAAGAACACGGACGAGGACUAUUAUGGCCGCCAGAUGGGCGCUCCCGACCAGCCGCAGUAUAUGCCAAAUCCCAUUGACACCACCAACGUCCACCUGGACAACGACCUUAACUCGCUGGUCCAGAAGUUCAGUGAGCACUACCACGACGCCUGGGCCAGCAGGAGGCUGGAGGGUUCCUGGACCUAUGGAGAGAUCCGAUCCGACAAUGAUCGCAAACAUCCGCGUCUCAAGCCCUACAACAUGCUCAGCGAAUACGAACGUGAGCGCUAUCGGGAUCCUGUACGGGAAUGCUUGAAGGGUCUGUUGGCUAUUGGUUGGACUGUGGAGCACUCGGAAGUGGAGGUGCCUCUCAACCAUCGUGGAUCGACGCGUCGCCAGUCGAAGCCCCAGAUUAACGAAGGCAGCCCAUUCAACUACAAUCCCCAUCCGGUGGACAUGAGCAACCUCACGCUCAGCAGGGAGAUGCAGAACAUGGCCGAGCGCCUGGCGGAGAACUCCCACGACAUCUGGGCCAAGAAGAAGAACGAGGAGCUCAACGGCUGUGGCGGAGUCAUCCACCCACAACUGGUGCCCUACGAUCUCCUGACCGACAAGGAGAAGAAGAAGGAUCGCGAGCGUUCGCAGGAGUUCCUGAAGUACAUGCAGUACCAGGGCUACAAGCUGCACAAACCAUCUAAGGGCGGUGCCGUGGAAGAGGGUGGAGCCACCCAAGCUGCCGUGGAGCUGCGCUUCUCAUACUCACUGCUGGAGAAGCUCAUCCAAUACCUGGACAGAGCCACCAUCAACAUGAAGCUGCUGAAGCCAUCGACCACUUUCAGUCGGCGCUCGUCCUUCAAGACAGCCACACGUGACAUAAAGUUCUUCUCGAAGGUGGUGCUGCCCCUGAUGGAGAAAUACUUCUCCACCCACAGGAACUACUUCAUCGCCAUUGCCACGGCGACGAACAACAUUGGAGCUGCCUCCCUUAAGGAGAAGGAGAUGGUGGCCUCGAUCUUCUGCAAGCUGGCCGCCUUGCUGCGCAAUCGUCUAAGUGCCUUUGGACCAGAUGUCCGCAUCACAGUGCGCUGUCUUCAGGUCCUAGUAAAGGGCAUCGAUGCCCGCACCCUGACCAAGAACUGCCCCGAGUUCAUCCGCACAUCGAUGUUGACGUUCUUCAACCAAACCUCCGAUGAUCUGGGCAACACGAUUCUCAAUCUCCAGGACGGCAAGUACAGUCACUUGCGAGGAACGCAUCUGAAGACAUCAACGUCCCUGGGAUAUGUCAAUCAGGUGGUGCUGCCGGUUCUGACGGCCAUGUUUGAUCACCUGGCAGCCUGUGACUACGGAAGCGACCUUCUAUUAGAUGAGAUCCAGGUGGCCUCCUACAAAAUCCUUGCUGCCCUCUAUCAUCUGGGCACGGAUGCCACACUGACGCAUGACCGCAAGUAUCUGAAGACGGAGAUCGAGAGGCAUCGUCCCGCCUUGGGAUCGUGUCUGGGAGCCUACAGCUCCUGCUUCCCAGUCGCAUUCUUGGAGCCGCAUCUCAACAAGCACAACCAGUACUCGCUGCUUAACCGAAUCGCAGAUCAUUCGCUGGAGGCGCAGGACAUCAUGGUGAAGAUGGAGAGCUGCAUGCCCAAUUUAGAGACCAUUCUCUCUGAGGUGGACCAGUUCGUGGAGUCCGACAAGACCUACAACGAUGCACCGCACAUCAUAGAUGUGAUCCUGCCAUUGCUCUGCGCUUAUCUGCCCUUCUGGUGGUCGCAGGGUCCUGACAACGUCAGUCCCACCAGUGGCAACCACGUGACCAUGGUCACCGCCGACCACAUGAAUCCGCUGCUGCGCAAUGUCCUGAAGAUGAUCAAGAAGAACAUCGGCAACGACAACGCCCCCUGGAUGACUCGCAUCGCUGCCUACACCCAGCAGAUUAUCAUCAACACGUCGGAGGAGCUGCUCAAGGAUCCGUUCCUGCCAUUGGCGGAGCGGGUGAAGAAGCGCACGGAGAAUAUGCUCCACAAGGAGGACAGCAUGCGGGGCUUCAUCAAGUCCGCCACGGACGACACCUCGCAGGUGGAGACGCAACUGCAGGAGGACUGGAACCUGCUGGUGCGAGACAUCUACUCCUUCUACCCGCUGCUCAUCAAGUACGUGGACUUGCAGCGUAACCACUGGCUGAAGGACAACAUCCCCGAGGCCGAGGAGCUGUACAACCACGUCGCGGAGAUAUUCAACAUCUGGUCGAAGAGCCAGUACUUCCUCAAAGAGGAGCAGAACUUUAUCUCAGCCAACGAGAUCGACAACAUGGCCCUUAUCAUGCCAACGGCCACGAGGAGAUCGGCCAUUUCCGAAGGUGUUCCCGCCGUGGGUGGCAAGGUCAAGAAGAAGAAGAAGAACCGGGACAAGAAACGCGACAAGGACAAGGAGGUGCAGGCCAGUCUGAUGGUGGCCUGCCUGAAGCGUCUCCUGCCUGUGGGUCUCAAUCUGUUCGCCGGUCGGGAGCAGGAGCUGGUGCAGCACUGCAAGGAUCGCUACCUGAAGAAGAUGCCCGAGUACGAUGUGAUCGAGUUUGCCCGCAACCAGUUGACCCUGCCAGAUAAACUGGAUCCCUCCGACGAGAUGUCCUGGCAGCAUUAUCUGUACUCGAAGUUGGGCAAGACGGAGGAGCCGGUGGAUGAGCAGGCAUUGGAAAAGGCCAAUGUGAACGCCAAUGAGAAGGGCAAGGACAAGACCACAGAGACGGUGGACCGUAUUGUGGCCAUGGCCAAGGUUUUGUUUGGUCUGCACAUGAUCGACCAUCCACAACAGCAGAGCAAAAAUGUCUACAGGAGCGUUGUGUCGAUCCAAAGGAAGCGUGCCGUAAUCGCAUGCUUCCGUCAGACAUCGCUACAUUCUCUACCCAGACAUCGUGCCUGCAACAUCUUUGCCCGCUCCUACUACGAGCAAUGGCUGCAGGAGGAGAACGUCGGCCAGGAGGUUAUGGUCGAGGAUCUUACCCAGACCUUCGAGGACUCUGAGAAGUCCAAGAAGGACGAAGAGGAGACAGACAGCAAGCCGGAUCCAUUAACCCAAUUGGUUACCACCUUCUGUCGCGGUGCCAUGACGGAGCGCAGUGGAGCCCUCCAGGAGGACUUGCUCUACAUGUCGUAUGCCCAGAUUGCUGCCAAGUCCUGCGGCGAGGAGGAGGAGGAGGGCGGCGACGAGGAGGGCGGUGAGGGAGGCGAAGAGGGCGAAGGCACCAGCAUCCAUGAACAAGAGAUGGAAAAGCAGAAACUGCUCUUCCAUCAGGCACGUCUCUCCAAUCGUGGUGUUGCCGAAAUGGUGCUGUUGCACAUUUCCGCCUCCAAAGGUAUACCUUCGGAGAUGGUAAUGACGACACUCAAUCUCGGCAUCGCCAUCCUGAGAGGCGGCAACAUCGACAUCCAAAUGGGCAUGCUGAACCAUCUGAAGGAGAAGAAGGACGUGGGUUUCUUCACCUCUAUCGCUGGUCUGAUGAACUCGUGCAGUGUCCUUGAUCUCGACGCCUUUGAGCGAAACACCAAAGCAGAGGGUCUUGGUGUAGGUUCCGAGGGCGCCGCGGGCGAGAAGAACAUGCACGACGCCGAGUUCACCUGUGCGCUGUUCCGGUUCAUCCAGCUGACCUGUGAAGGUCACAAUUUGGAGUGGCAAAACUAUUUGAGGACUCAGGCCGGAAACACGACAACCGUGAACGUGGUCAUCUGCACUGUGGAUUAUCUUCUCCGACUCCAAGAGUCCAUUAUGGACUUUUACUGGCACUACUCCAGCAAGGAGAUCAUCGACCCCGCCGGCAAAGCCAACUUCUUCAAGGCCAUCGGAGUGGCCAGCCAAGUUUUCAACACCCUCACUGAGGUCAUCCAGGGUCCCUGUACCCUCAAUCAACAGGCUUUGGCGCACUCCAGGUUGUGGGAUGCGGUUGGAGGAUUCCUAUUCCUGUUCUCGCACAUGCAGGACAAGUUGUCGAAGCACUCCAGUCAGGUGGACCUGCUUAAGGAGCUGCUGAAUCUGCAGAAGGACAUGAUCACGAUGAUGCUUUCCAUGCUGGAAGGAAAUGUUGUUAAUGGCACCAUUGGUAAGCAGAUGGUGGAUACUCUGGUGGAGUCCGCCUCCAAUGUGGAGUUGAUUCUUAAGUACUUUGAUAUGUUCCUGAAACUGGCUGACUUGAUUGAGUCGCCAAGCUUCCACGAGAUCGACAUGAAGAACGAGGGCUGGGUUACGCCCAAGGACUUUAGGGAGAAGAUGGAGCAAUCCAAAAACUACACACCGGAAGAAAUGGAUUUCCUUUUGGCCUGCUGUGAGCGAAACCACGAGGGCAAGAUCGACUACCGAGCCUUCGUGGAGCGCUUCCACGAACCAUCAAAGGAGAUCGGUUUCAACCUGGCUGUGCUGCUGACCAACCUCAGCGAACACAUGCCCAAUGAGCCGCGUCUGGCCCGUUUCCUGGAAACGGCUGGCUCCGUGCUCAACUACUUCGAGCCGUUCCUGGGACGCAUUGAGAUCCUGGGUAGCUCGAAGCGCAUCGAGCGUGUCUACUUCGAAAUCAAGGAUUCCAACAUUGAACAGUGGGAGAAACCGCAGAUCCGAGAGUCCAAGCGCGCCUUCUUCUACUCCAUCGUCACCGAGGGCGGCGACAAGGAGAAGCUUGAGGCUUUUGUCAACUUCUGCGAGGACGCCAUCUUUGAGAUGACCCAUGCCUCGGGCCUGAUGGCCACCGAUGACGGUGGCGGCAACGUGAAGCGGGACACGGCAUACAGUUCCUACAUGAGCGAAGAGGAGGAGGAGCGGGCAGCCCGCGAUCCCAUCCGACGCACCAUCACCGCCGUCAAGGAGGGCCUCAAGUUCGGAGUGCACAUGCUGAGUCCUGCGAACAUCAAGCACCAGAUCGGCGUGAUGCAGACCAAGUCCAUCCCAGAACUCAUCGUUGGCUUCUUCAAGAUAAUCUUCUACAUUUUCUACUACACCGGCUACGCCCACUUCUGUGUGGUGCGCUACAUAUUUGGAAUCCUGUUGAACCUUAUGCGUGGACCUGCUCCCGAGCAGGAGGAGGAACCAGUGGUGGAGGAGGAGACGUUUGGAAGAGCACUCCCGCCGUUGCCGCUGGAGGAGCCACCGGGUACGGUGCAAGCCUUCGGCCUGGACAUCAACAAGGAAGAAAACGGCAUGUACAAGGUGGUGGUGCACGAAUCCCCGGCCAACUCCUCCAUGGAGGAGGGCGGCGAGUCGAGCCCUGAGGAUGGAGCAGCUCCCGCUGGAGAGUUGGUGGAAGGAGAACCUCACCAGGAACCCAUAUCGAUUGUGGACUUGCUGGGUGGAGAGGCGGCGAAGAAGGCGGCCCAGGAGCGACAGGAAGCCCAAAAGGCUCAGGAAGCGGCCAUGGCCUCGAUCGAGGCGGAGGCCAAGAAGUCAUCAUCGGCGCCGCAGGAGACUCCCGCCGUUCACCAAAUCGACUUCUCGCAGUACACCCACCGAGCUGUCAGCUUCCUGGCCAGGAACUUCUACAACCUCAAGUAUGUGGCCCUGGUGCUGGCCUUCAGCAUCAAUUUCAUGCUGCUCUUCUACAAGGUCACCACUCUCGUGGAGGAGUCGGAUGGGUCUGGUGAGGAGGAGCUCAUUCUGGGCUCCGGCUCUGGAGGUGGCGCUGACAUUACGGGAUCUGGAUUCGGUGGAGGUUCGGGAGAUGGCGGGUCAGGCGACGGUGAAAUCGAAGACGACGUUCCGGAACUGGUGCAUGUGGACGAGGACUUCUUCUAUAUGGAACAUGUGCUGCGUAUAGCAGCCAUGCUGCACUCCCUCGUCUCGCUGGCCAUGCUGAUCGCCUACUACCACCUCAAGGUGCCACUGGCCAUCUUCAAGCGCGAAAAGGAGAUUGCCCGUCGGCUGGAGUUCGAUGGUCUCUUCAUUGCCGAGCAGCCGGAGGACGACGACUUUAAGUCACACUGGGACAAGUUAGUGAUCUCGGUCAAGAGCUUCCCGGUCAACUACUGGGACAAGUUCGUGAAGAAGAAGGUGCGCCAGAAGUACAGCGAGACCUACGACUUCGACUCGAUCUCAAACUUGUUGGGCAUGGAGAAGAGCGCGUUUGCCGCCCAGGAGAGCGAGGAGACUGGCAUCUUCAAGUACAUCAUGAACAUCGAUUGGCGCUACCAGGUGUGGAAGGCCGGAGUGACCUUCACGGACAACGCUUUCCUCUACUCGCUGUGGUACUUUAGCUUCUCGGUGAUGGGCAACUUCAACAACUUCUUCUUUGCCGCACAUCUGCUCGACGUGGCCGUUGGAUUCAAGACCCUGCGCACCAUCCUGCAGUCGGUAACCCACAACGGAAAGCAACUGGUGCUGACCGUGAUGCUGCUCACCAUCAUCGUGUACAUUUACACGGUGAUCGCGUUCAACUUCUUCCGCAAGUUCUACAUCCAGGAGGAGGACGAGGAGGUGGACAAGAAGUGCCACGACAUGCUUACCUGCUUCGUCUUCCAUUUGUACAAGGGUGUUAGAGCUGGUGGAGGCAUCGGAGACGAGAUCGGUGAUCCAGAUGGAGACGAUUACGAAGUGUACCGCAUCAUCUUCGACAUUACGUUCUUCUUCUUCGUCAUCAUUAUCCUGCUGGCCAUCAUCCAGGGUUUGAUCAUUGACGCCUUCGGAGAGCUCCGUGACCAACUGGAGUCGGUGAAGGACAACAUGGAGUCCAAUUGCUUCAUAUGCGGAAUGGGCAAGGACUUCUUUGAUAUAGUACCGCACGGCUUCGACACGCACGUCCAGAAGGAGCACAACCUGGCCAACUACAUGUUCUUCCUGAUGCAUUUGAUUAACAAGCCGGACACGGAGUACACCGGCCAGGAGACGUACGUGUGGAACAUGUACCAGCAGCGUAGCUGGGACUUCUUCCCAGUGGGAGACUGCUUCCGCAAACAGUACGAGGAUGAGUUAUCCGGCGGAGGUGGUGGUGGUUAGUCAUACGGAUAUCUCUCCGUUGUUUGCUUUCCGGGCACAAUCAAACUCGGGACCCACUUAGCACCAGGAUUAGGUGCGUUUUGGUACUUUGACAUCAUCUGGAAUUUUUAUCUAGUCGACUUUAGCAAUGUAUUUUUAAGCAAUAUCCUACAAAAUCGUUUCUAUGUACGUAGGAAGACGACCUUUUUCCAAAAUGAUAUAUCGAUGACGAUUCUAGCACGUAUAACAGCAAUGUUCUUAACUCAUUUUAAAAUAAAUCUAUUCAUUUUGAACGAACAUAGUAUUUUGAAA